AUGGCCACUAAAGAGAAGAAAGAGAAGAAGUCAAAGUCUUCUCGAUCAGAGUCAAAGGCUGAAAAGCCCGAGAAACCCGAGAAGACAGUCGAGAUCGAAAAGAACGAAUCGACCGAAUCUGCAGAAGAUGUCGACAUGGCUGAGUCUGAGCCCGUCGCCUCGACAAAGCGCAAGAUCGAAAUCGAAGAAAUCGAAGUCGACGUAGACGCCCCCGAGCCUCCAUCCAAGCGCGCAAAGCGUGCGCUCAAAAAGGGCAAGGCUCUCCCUGCCAAGCAGGACAGCGACGACGAGAAGAAGGAGAAGGAUGGCAAGGACAAGAAGGCCCGGUCAGAGCACAGUGUCUGGAUUGGUAACCUGCCUUUCUAUGUUACACCCGAUGCGAUGCGCAAGUGGCUUGUGGACAACUCUGGAGGCGUCAUCACCGAAGAGAUGAUCACCCGUGUCAAGAUACCGACCAACAAGGAGCCCGGCCGAGAUAAGAGCGCAAAGCCCACAAACAAGGGAUUCGCCUACGUCGACUUCACAGAUAUUGGACCCAAGGUCUCUGCCAUCUCUCUCACCGAGAAUGACCUCGGUGGCCGAAAACUCCUCAUCAAGGAUGCGACAUCCUUCGAGGGCCGACCCAAGAAAGAGGCCGAAGCCGUCGAGGACGCCGAGAACGGAAAGACCACCACGGAGCAGAAGCAGGAUGUCAAUGCCAGUCGCAAGAUCUUUGUAGGCAACAUGGGCUUCAAGACAACCGAGGAAGACCUACACAGGAACUUUGAAAAGUGUGGUGAGAUUGAGUGGUCCAAGGUUGCCACGUUCGAGGACACAGGCAAGUGCAAGGGUUUCGGCUGGGUCAAGUUCAAGGAGCCCGAAGCCGCUGCGUGGGCCGUCAAGGGUUUCGUCAAGAUCAAGGAAGAGAUCGAGACGGAAGAAGAUUUCAAGGACGACGAGGACAAAGACAAGUCUCAGGAGAAGCAGUUCAAGACACGCAAGUGGUGGGUGAACAGAAUGCUGGGCCGCGAGCUCAAGAUAGAGCUGGCCGAGGAUGACCAAGCGCGAUACAAGAAGCGAUUCGGCAAGGCGAAGCCUGUCGACGACAAGGAGAGCAACCCACGGGGCCGACCUCCGGCGCGCAGACACGACCGGGCGGACGGCGGAUCGGGGGAGAAGAAGGACGCUGGCGAUAAGCCUCUCAAGGUGUCAGAGGACAUUGCUGUUGCGAGGUUGACGGGUGCGGUUGUGAAGCACACGGGUUCCAAGAUGACGUUUGACUAA